AUGAUCAAUUCAGGCGCUUUGACACCCAGUGACAAGAAAAGUAUAGAAGAAAAUGCUGAGAUAUUGUUGGCUGAUACUCCAGUUAUCAUGGAUGUAGCUUACACUGCAAAGAAAUUAAAGUGGGCAGCCAGUACUUGGGCAGGUGUAGAAACUUUAAUCAAAGAAAUUGGAAAAGAAAAGCCACCGUCAUUUACAAUUACAAGGAUGGGUGGUGCUUUUAACAGAUUCAUGGCAGAAUAUGUGCUUGGUUACGUUCUGACAAAAGAGAGAUCUAUCAUUGAAGUAGCUAAAGACCAGGAGCAAAGGAUGUGGAACAAAAAGAAGUACAGUCAUUACAGAAGUUUGACAGACCUAACUAUUGGAAUACUUGGAGUAGGAGAAAUAGGUCAAGAAGUGGCAAGGUUGUGUAAUGCCUCAGGUAUGACAGUUAUUGGUGUAACUCGAAGCCAGCCAUCAGAGGAAAAAAGAUGUCCGGCUGUAUCACAAUAUAGAACAACAUCAGAGUUAGCAGAAGUUCUGCGUGACAGUGACUAUGUUUGCAAUAUUUUACCUAGCACUCCAGAAACACGCGGGCUAUUAUCAGGGGACAUGUUCUCCCAUUGUAGACCCAAGAAAAGUGUUUUCAUCAACAUGGGAAGAGGUGAUGUUAUAGAUGAACAGUCACUAGUCAAGGCAAUUAGGGAGGGAUGGAUAUGUGGUGCAGUGUUAGAUGUGUUUCAAACAGAACCUUUACCUGAGGAAAGUCCUUUAUGGAAUCUUCCAGGUGUAAUUAUAACACCACAUAUAGCUGGGGUGUGCUUAACCAAUCAGGUUGCAGAAAAUUUUGUAGAAAAUUAUAAACUUUACUGCGAAAAUAAACCACUCAAAUUUCAAGUGGACUUUCAGCGUGGAUAUUAAAAAACAUGUCAUAAAUCGCUCAAAUUUCAAGAGGACUGGUAAUGCUUAUAUUAAAUAACAUGUGAUAACCACUCAAAUUUCAAGUUAACUUUUGGCCUGGAUGUUAAAUAGCAUGUGAUAAAUCACUCAAAUUGCAAGUGGACUUUCAGCCUGGAUGUUGAAUAACAUGUGAUAAACCCCUCAAAUUCAAGUGGACUUUCAGCCUGGAUAUUAAAUAACAUCUGAUAAACUACUCAAAUUCAAGAGGACUUUUCACAUAGGUAUUAGAUAACAUGUGAUAAAUCACUCAAAUUCAAGACUUCCAGUGUGGAUAUUAAAUAACAUGUGAUAAACUACUCAAAUCCAAGAGGACUUUCAGCAUGGAUAUGAUUAACAUGUGAUAAACCUUCAAAAUUUCGAGCGGACUUCCGUUGUUGAUAUGAAAUAACAUGUGAUAAACCACCCAAAUUCAGCAUGAAUGUUACCAACCACUCAAAUUUCAAGUGGUCUUACAUCAUGGAUUUUAAAUAACAUAAUACAUAGCUGCUAGUUCUAACUUUUGCAGUGAUGUUUACAAAACACAGCAACUCAUUUAUUUGUUUUCUAAAGAUAUCUGUCUACCUAGAUUUCUAGAAAAUAGGCCCUUUUAUCUCUAUAUAUAUUGUUAGUGAUUUUUUCAGAGAUAUCCAAUGCCAAUCUUUUUUUCAUAAAAUAUUUACUUUAUAUGCAGAAAAUACUAAUCAAAUUUAUUUAACUUUACUGGAUAUAUAAAUUAGUUAAGUAUUUAUAUACAUUCAUAAUUAAAUGUUAUACACAUUAACGAUCAUUUCUUGAUUUUAGUUUGACACUGAAGAAUAGGUAAAGCUAUUGCACUCACCCAGUGGUUUGUGUCUGCAUCCCAAAUUUGGUAAAUUGUGUAUAUAAACUGGUAUCUCAGUAACAAUAUGUGGGAUUGGAUUUAAACUUAAUGCUUAUGAUUACUUUAAUGAACUGACUUACAGUGCAGUGCACAGGUUCCAUAACUGUGUCUGUGUACAAAAUUAUGCCCCUUCUUCGACUAUGCAAUUUUAAACCGAUAGUUGAGUAUGUCUGUCCCCCAGACAUAUUGUAAAAGCAUUAAUAUUUGUAGGUGGCUAAUUUUUGUGGACUUUCUGGCUGCUUUAACUUUUACCCAGUUAAAUUUCUAUAAUGAACUUGUCCAUCUUUCAAUUUGGGAAGUACCAUUAACUGUUAAAAGGGAUGCUUUCCAAAAAGUUACUGACUGAAUGGCGAACAAUGGAGAUCUUGAUCAGACUGCACAGAUGUGCAGGCAAAGGCUUAGUUGUGUUCAGCAUGAUAAGGGUUAAUACAUGAAAUCUUAUCCCAAUCAACAUAUACAAUUCUUGUUCAGUUUUAUCUCCAGAGUUUGAAAUCAACAAUUUCAUAUCCUCUUGGUCAGUAUCUUGUAAUUUUGUGCCAAUAAAAGUAAAUAAUUAUGUCUCUCCCCUAUAAAAUGGGGGAAACAUAUUGGUUUUGCCUUUGCCAUCCGUCUGUCUGUCCGUCCACAUUAAGCUUGUUCGGCUUUUAAGGUCAGACUGCUGGCUGGAUUUCCACAAAACUUCUAAAUCUUGUCCAGUUUUCACAGGUCAAACUGCUGGCUGGAUUUCGACGAAACUUCACAGGAGUGAUCAGUAUCAAGCCUAGUUAUGCAUAUCGCUGACAUGUUCUGCUUUGCUGCACAAAAAGGCCACCAGAGCUAAAGAAUAGAUUAAUCUUGUCCGGCAUUCACAGGUCAAACUGCAGGACAGAUUUCGACAAAACUUUACAGGAGUGAUCAGUACCAAGCCUAGUUGUGCAUAUCGCCGACAUGUUCCACUUCGCUGCACAAAAUGGCCUCCAAAGCUUAAGGUAUACAUAGAGUGGAGACAUAUGUUAUUGUGACAAAAACAGCUUCUAGUUUGACAGUAUUUUUGAGUUUCCCUGUACAUUUUAUGACUUACUUAGUACAGUUUAUACAUUGUUCUGUACUGUUUUGAGAAUUAUCAUAUACAUUUAGAAAAUUAUUAUAUACAUUUAUCAGGUUUUUUUACUGUGGAUGGUAAGCUUUAAAUUUGACAAGUGCAUUUUACAUGCAGUUCUGGGCAUUUUGUUAGUUAGAAGGUACAUUUUGUAAGUUGUUGUGCAUACUUGACAGGUCAGAUAGUAUAUUUUCUAUAAUGGGCGUAAUAGACGCAUAGGAAUCUACAGUCAAAAGAGAAAGUGUUCUUGAGAGUACAAUAUAUGGCAAAUAGAGCUUUGUGUACACUGCUAAAAGACUUCAGAGCUCUCACUUUGUAUUUGAGAUGCUGAUGUGAACAUUGAUUGCUACUAAAUAUCUGUAUUAAACCCACUAGUUACAAUACUUCACAAACUAUCUAUUCUUGUCUUCUGUGUCUAAAUUUGUUUGUCUUCUUUAGUUUUAUAUCUGUAGAUUUGUAUCUGUUUGUAUUAAACCUUACCCUGCUAAAUUAAUUUCUAUAAUAAACUGUCCAUCUUUCAAUUUGGACAGUACCAUUAACUGUUAAAAGGGGUGCUUACAAAAGAAAAACUGACAGAAUGGCGAACAGUGCAGCUCAUAAUCAGACUGCACUGGUCUACACUUGUUGCAAAGGCAGAAUCAGUCGUGUUUAGCAUGAUAAUAGUUAAUAUUGUAAAAGCUUUUUUGAAAAAUGUGUGCCUGUAAAGAUUGCUAUAGAAAUGUGGUAUGAAAGUUGUUUUUGUACCUUUUAAGGUUUUUCCAUGCAUUAUACAAGUUGCUGCAUUUGGUAGGAUGUUCUGUGUAUUUAUUUUGCAAGUUGAUAUGUGCAUUGUACAAGACUGAUGUUUGCUUGCAUUAAAUUUUUACAUUUCACAAGUUGUUGAUGCUGUAGCUUUGAGUCACCAGGUAUUUAUGCAUGCCACUAUGUUGAUGUAUUUUUUUUGUGAAAAUACAGAAAGCCAAAUCAUAUGUUAGUUAUUACAAAUAUUAAAACUAUUCUGCAGAUUAUUUUGCGUGACCUAGCAAGUUAUGACUUGUACAUUUUGCAACAUGUGCUGUGAGUUUGACCUGUCUUAUAAAUAAUAACAUCUUUUAAUGUUCAUUUUAAUUUUUCUGUUAGAACCUUUUUGUCUCACCUACAUCAGCAACUUCCUGCUCUGUGGCACAUUAAUGUUGUUGGCAGAAAUUUUCCACUACCGGUAUAUAUUAUACCAGAUUUAUAAAAGAAAUAGUCAAUUACAGACUACAAUUUAUAGAAAAUGCAUCAACCUGAAAUUAAAACUGGAACUACAGAACAAAUAUAUAAUAUACAGAGGAACUAAUAGAACCUUGCAUCAACCAGAAAAUAUCUUUAGAAUGCAUGGAAACAACUAGCAACUUAUAAAAGGUACAGAACAAUUACUGCAAUAAAGAAAAUCUUAAAUACAUUUAAAACAACUGACAAAUUGUACAGAGAAAAAAAAUUUUAGAAUGUAAAAGCAAAAUUUAGGUGCAAAGAGGCAGUUAAGGCUGUUAAAAAGUUUCGGCCCAACAAAUACCUCAAUGUAUGAUCUUAAUCUACUUAUGACUAUUUAUUUGUUUGUACCAGAAUUUAAUAAA